CCCACAACUGAGCCUAAUACACUCAAACUUUUUCUUCCUUUUUUCAUUCUUCAUUCUAUCAGAAUCCUCUUUCUCUCUCUCCCUCUCUCUCAAGUUCUGACAACCGUUAGAUUUCAAUCAAACGGUCAGUACUUCCUGUCAACAAGAACAAAGGUGGAAAAAUGGAUUCAGAUAGUACUGUUUCUUCAUUGAUCAUGAUGGAUGAAGAUUUGCAUCCACAUCAGUUUUCAUCUUCAACAACUUCUAAGCUACAUAGUAAUGGUACUCCUACUUCUACUAGUGUUCAUGAGCUUCUUGAAUGUCCUGUUUGUACUAAUUCAAUGUACCCUCCAAUUCAUCAGUGUCACAAUGGGCAUACCCUAUGUUCAACUUGUAAGACUAGGGUACACAACAGGUGCCCAACUUGCAGACAGGAACUGGGCGAUAUUCGGUGUUUAGCAUUGGAAAAAAUAGCAGAAUCACUUGAACUUCCUUGCAGAUACACCUCUGUUGGCUGUCCAGAGAUAUUUCCCUAUUACAGCAAACUCAAACACGAGUCUAUUUGUAACUUCAGACCUUAUAACUGCCCUUAUGCCGGAUCAGACUGUUCUGUUGUCGGUGAUAUUUCACAGCUUGUUGCUCAUUUAAGGGACGACCACAGAGUUGAUAUGCAUUCUGGAUGCACUUUUAAUCAUCGUUAUGUCAAGUCAAAUCCCAUGGAAGUAGAAAAUGCUACAUGGAUGUUAACAGUCUUCCACUGUUUUGGACAAUAUUUCUGUCUCCAUUUUGAAGCCUUUCAACUUGGAAUGGCUCCAGUUUACAUGGCAUUUCUCCGUUUCAUGGGAGAUGAAAGAGAUGCCAGGAGCUACAGCUACAGUCUUGAGGUAGGAGGGAGCGGACGCAAACUAAUCUACGAGGGCAGUCCAAGGAGCAUUAGAGACAGCCACAAGAAAGUUAGAGACAGUCAUGAUGGCCUCAUUAUAUACCGGAACAUGGCACUUUUCUUCUCUGGUGGAGAUAGGAAAGAGCUGAAGUUACGAGUAACAGGAAGGAUAUGGAAAGAACAGCAAAACCCUGAAGGUGGAGUUUGCAUACCCAACUUGUGUAGCUAGAUUGUUUGCAUCAUUUCCUUCCAUAUAUUUAAUUUAUGUGGGGGUAAUUGAUGUUCUUUCAAGUUGUUGAUAGUUUUGGAAAGUUAAUUACAUUACACCUUGCUGAAUGGUGAUGUUGGUUUCAACUUUCAACUUACAAAAUAACAAAACAAGUUCCUCUUCCUUUUCUAACCAAGAUAUUUGUCAAAUCUUUGUUCUCAAGUGUAUCAUAUGCUGAAUUCCUCCAAAAGUUUUUUUAUUCUC